UUCUAGAGCUUGUCGAUCGAAUCUUACUUGUUUUCUUCGAAAUUGAUCAUGAGCUUUAACCAAUUAAUUGAUGUUCAAUUGCAACAAUUGCUUACAUAUUUUUCUGACGGCGAACGCUCCAAUUACACUAAGGAUGCUGUCGAAAUCCAAAAUCAUGUCAUUGAGAAACUAAAGUUAGCAGACUCUAAUUUUCGCGAUGCUUUUGAUGGCCUUAGCCUUGCCGGAAGUUACUUAGAUAGGGUGAAAUUGAAGACGGCUGAUGAAUUCGACUUGCAUAUGAAGCUGAAAUUACCAUUCCCAAUCACCCCGAGGAAAGACGAGAAGGGAUUCGUGUCAGCCAACAAUUAUGAAAAAGCUACUUGGAUAACGUGA